AUGUCAGUCUGCUCUGCUUAUCAUUUGAACAGAGCAGUGAAGAAGGAGAACCCGAAUGUGGAUCUUGUCCAGCAAUAUCUACAAAAGUACUACAACCUCGCAAGAGAAGUGAAACUAUUCAUGAGAGGAAAGGACAGUAGCCCUGUUGUUAAAAAAAUCCAAGAAAUGCAGAAGUUCCUGGGGUUGGAGGUAACGGGGAAGCUGGACUCAGACACACUGGAGGUGAUGCAUAAGCCCAGGUGUGGAGUUCCUGAUGUUGGAAGCUUCACUACCUUUCCUGGUAUGCCAAAGUGGAGGAAAACUCACCUUACCUACAGGAUUGUGAACUGGAUUUGCCAAGAUAUGCUGUUGAUCUGCCAUUGCGAAAGCUCUGAGGUCUGGGAGGAUGUGACCCCACUUAUAUUCUCCAGAAUUUAUGAAGGAGAGGCUGACAUAAUGAUCAGUUUUGUAGUUAGAGAGAUUCUAAUUACCCAUCUUUCCAAUGUUUUUUUUCUCUAUUAGAUUAAUGGACUUGGCCAGGUUUUGGCUCAUGCCUGCACACCCGGGCUGGGGUUUUACAGAGAUGCUCACUUUGAUGACGAUGAGCAAUGGACAAAGGAUACAGCAGAUUAAGGGACCAAUUUAUUCCUGGUUGCUGCUCAUGAACUUGGUCAUUCCCUGGGUCUCUCUCACUCGGCCAACAUUGAAGCUUUGAUGUACCCGGUCUACAACCCAUUCACAGACCUGGCCAGGUUCCACCUUUCUCAAGAUAAUGUGAAUGGCAUUCAGUCCCCGUAUGGACCUCCCUCUGCUUCCCCUGAUGAGCCUGUGGCGCCCACAGAGUCCGUUCCUCCUGAGACUCCAGCCAUGUGUGAUCCCACUUUGUCUUUUGAUGCAGUCAGCACUCUGAGGGGAGAAUUCCUGUUCUUUAAAGACAGAUAUAUUGGGCACAAAUCCCUCCGGAAGCUCGAACCUGAAUUUCAUUUGAUAUCUGUGCUUUGGUCCUCUCUUCCUUCAGGCUUGGAUGCUACAAGUGAUGUUCCUAGCAAGGGUACCAUUUUUAUUUCUAAAGGAAAUAAGUUAUGGGCCAUCGGAGGAAAUGAGGUACAAACAGGUUAUCCAAGAGAUAUUCACACCCAUAAGGAAACCAAAAGGGAAAUUGAUGCAGCUGUUUCUGAUGAGGAAAAGAAAAUAUGCUUCUUUGUAGAGACAAUACUGGAAGUAAGAAACAAUAGAAAUGACUCUAUAUGGAGAUUUGAUGAAAACAGCCAGGCUGCGGGGCAAGGCUUCUCCAGAGUGACAGCUGACGACUUUCCAGGAAUUGAGCUGAAGGUUAAUGCUGUAUUACAGGCAUUUGCUAAGAAGACACUCAAUGCACUGCCAAUGGGAACACUUUAG